AUUUUCGAAUAAACUAUUGUCUAAAAAAACAAAGCAAGUACAAGGACAUCAUAUCGGAAAUACGAAUGAAUUUAAUUACCAAUGCCUUCAAACAUAGUUGCAAAUGCAGUGAUUAGUGAGCCAGCUUCUUACUGAAUCAGUGCGGCGUUUGCAUUUGUUAGAUUAUAGUCUCCAAAUGAAACUCAAUUGAAAAGCAUUCUAGUAAAGCAAAUCCAACUAGUAUACCGAUUUUAGGGCUCCUAAAAUGAACGUCCUACUGUUCUGCUCCGACAUGCAGUGUACUAUGCGGGAAAUUUUGUCUAAGCGUUAUGACCUACUCUUAUAUCGAAUUCCAACUGUCAAGGGUUCUUAUACGUGCUCGCUAAUGUGUACACGAGACCGAGGUUUUUCGUCCCAUCGGAACGAGUAUGUGCUGUCCAUUGUCAGGUCGUCCGUCCAACACCACUGAAAAGGGGAAACCAAUCUGGAAAAUUCGGCAAACGAAGGGUUUGAAGGCGGGACCUCCAAGUUAGCGAGCCAACAUCUUACUCACUGAACCACCGUGGCUACUUGAACCUAAAGGACUUUUAAUAAUGCCCACGGCAGGGUAUGGGUGAUAGCAUUACUUUUUCUAGAGCAUCUAAUACCACGUAUCGUUUGGGAGCGCAUGUCUAAACAAUUGGUGAUAAUGACGAAUAAUAGAUACAUGGUUAAUCGCAUUGCACUUUAUUGGACAGCUGAUCCGAUCUCUCCUUCGUAGAGAUAGAGAAAUGUGGUUUUACGUCCACUCGACACAAACAAGUCAUUUCAAUUUUAUUGCACGUAGGGGUCUUUUAGCAGUUGGAGGAAAUCUGAGGACCCGGAGAAAACUCACGAGGUUGGACAGGCGCCCCUACUCCUUGUCAAGUACAACCGGGGAAUCGAAACCAGUUGACUCUAUGACAAACCUUAUGAUAUGUACAGCGCGCACGCGCUAACCAUUCGCCAUCCAUCAUCCUCUCUCUCAUUCGGGAUUAUAUCGCUAAUAAAAUAUGGUGGGAAUGAGUUUAUCCAAGUCCGAACUGACUCUUGAUGUAGCAAUAAGCACUGGCGGUUGUCGUGCACGAUACAGGCAGCCCUUACUCUUUCCGUAACACAAUUGAUAUCAUGCCAGUUAACAUAGCUAAUAGAUUUGUUCGAAUUUUAGUACUUAAAAUAUUGCUUUCAAGAGGUAUCACACAAAUUAAAUAAAUAAUCCAGUAUAUCAUUUUAGCUUUUAAAAGUUUUUGUGAAAUAGAACCCCGCCCAAUUACUAUUGAUAUUUAACAUUAGAACUAUAAGGCAGUAUUGAGGUCGAGAACGGUUCUUCAUAUUAUUAGCAACCAAUCAGAUGAUAUAAUGUGAUAGCUUCCUUGUUCCAUUAACUAACUGUGUAUUAUCUACAUUUUGUGUCAUUUGGCUAAUUGCAUUGUGGUGAAUAACAUUAACUGUUAAAAGCCUUUAUUGGGUAGACUGCAGGUAUUUAAAAUGUUGGAAUUCGGGAUCAAAUAUUUACGUUUAUAUGUUAUUCUUCACAUCUAUACUCUAUCUGUACAAGGAUUAAGUGUGACUCAAUCACCAGAGAAAGUGAUGUAUGGCAGCCCGGUGACAAUAACUUGCAACAUCGGCAAAAUAACACAGGAAGUUGAGUGGCUGUAUGAAGGAAUCCAAUAUUUCAAAUGUUCGAAACCAUAUUGUGCUGGAAUUUGUCACAAGAUUCAAACAAUAGACCAAACACACUAUUCCUAUGAUUUCAAUAUUGAAAAGGGCACCACUCAAGUGCAACUCCAGUCCGUGAUUAAAAAGAAAAAUGAAGGAAAUUGGACUUGUAAACAUGGGGGUUCCGUCGUUGGAGAUAUAGCUAUUAAUGUUACAGAUAAACCACUUGUAACUUUCACUGGUUUCAUCGACAGCGUAAAAUAUUCUACCUCUAUUAACGUGGAUGAAGGGGGGGAAGUAGAGCUUAAAUGUGAAAGCACUGAACCGGUUCAAAAAAUCACAAUUUCUGGUUCUGACAGAGAAUCAUCGUCUAAUGAGAGUGCAUCAAAUCAUAGCUGGCCGAUAAAGGCCAGGUGCUUUGAUCAUGAAUUUAGAUGUGAAGCAUCAAAUGGUUAUGGAUCAGCCAACCCAGAGAUGUUAACACUCAAUGUUAAAUGUCCCGUAAAACUAAAAGACGAUACCGAGACAACUGUUGUGACGAAUGUUGGUUCUGACACCACAUUGGUGGUAAGAUUUGUGGGAUACCCUAAACCACAGAUCGUCUGGAGUCGGAAGAUUGGGCAUACAACGUUUGUCUCAAUGACUAACUAUAGGAACACUAAAACAACAUCCCAUAAUAAUGCAACCCUCACUAUUCAAACCGUGCACAUGGAAGAUAGUGGUGUAUACAAAGCAGAUUUAUCCACGGGCGGCAGGAGCCUUCAGAAAGAUUUCACAUUGGUAGUAAAUGAGAAAACUACAAGUGUUACUAAUGAUUGUGGGUGUGGAAGUAUCGGUAUUGGUGUUGGUGUAGGAAUAGCGGUAACCCUUGUAUUAGUUGCUGUCGUACUUAGUGUAACCUGGGGCGUUUUACGAUGGAGGAAAUCAAAAGGUCCUGUUAAUAUAGUUGUUGGACAAGAAGAGUAUGAAAAUGUUCAGUAUACCAAAGAAAAAUCUUAAAUUGUUAAUUAUUACUUUGAUAUGAAUUACACAUUUGUUGGAAAAUCACAAAUUGAAAAGAAAAAUGAGAUGAACUAAUAUCAAACUACAAAAUUUUCAAACUCUUUCUUGGGAUUAAAAAAAAUAAUAAUAGACUAAAUGUUUUAUUCUAAACAACAAAACACGUAUUAACUGACUUUUUGUCCCUAAAGAAACCGUAAACCAAUAAACAUUUAUUCGUGUUAUUGUGAUAAGUGGUAUCGGGUGUUUUAGAAAAAGUAAGCAUGAUCUUUCCUCGUACAUAAAAUUCACAUGUUAGUUUGAAAUGUGUUGGAAAUUGCCACGAAACCAAAGUUCCAUUGUACUAAUCACAAGUUUCCAAGUUGAAAUCAGUUUAAAAGGAUACCGGAUUCCACUGUAAGUAGGAAUAGGGUUAGGGCUAGGGUAAGGGGUAAAUUUUAGUUUGAUCUAAAAUAUUAUUAUAUUAAAAUAUAAUAAUUUUUUAGAUCAAAAUCGCUUGCUUUGUUAUUUUCGUAUUUAUUUUAUCUUAUUUUUUUAAUAAUAUUUGUGCAGUCCUAUUAUAAUUUCUCAAAUUCAUUCGAUAUUAAAAAAUUUGAAUUCAAAAAAGAUUGAUCCGGAUAUUUUCUACGAUACAAGAAAGUGCUGCAUUAGUAAAAUGCUUUUUUGGAAUGUUUCGGUGUGUCCAAAUAGGUCUAUAUACCAUGAAAUCCCAUCCUUGCGUGUACAGUUUACAGUACCCAACAAACUCUCACAUCUACCAAAUAAUGCGCUUGAAAACUCAUUUUUUUAAUUAUUUGGCAUCCAAAAUGGUGUUUAUAGUACUCAGUCUUAUUGAGAAAUAAGGAAUGUUAUUCCAAGAGAUUGCGUGAAUGCAGAUUAAAUUGUAAUAUUUCUAAAUUAAUACGUAUAGCUAACUAUCAGUAGGGUCUAUUAUUAAAAGGUUGAUAAUAUAGUGACAAAGUAGUCGACUUACAUAACCCAUAAUAUUUACCACCACCGGCAACAAAAUAACAACACAUCUGUAUGCCGACUGUUACACGAUACUAAUUAACGAAAACGAGAUGAAAUACGGGUAUGGGGAAGGAAACUAGAUAAGUUUAACAAAACAGGGUGGAUGUUAUAAUAUUUACAUCCUGAUCAAGUUUCAGUUUUCAUCCUCAUUCCUCACGCAUGUUGCAAAUCAAACGCCAAAAUCAAUUGCUGUAAAAAAAAACCAAAAAAAACUCCAAAAACCAAGCAGAUUAUUUUUCUUGGAGAUUCAGUCCAAAAUACUAAGUACUCCAAAAUUGCUUAUAACCAGUAAGCAUUUUAUCUCUAUUUUUUAAAAAAUGACAAAUUAAUGCAAUGAACCGGGAUGGUUCUCUACACGCGGCCUAUAGACAUGGUGUGCAGAAAUAUAACGAAAACAGACCGUUUAAUUGAAUUUAAAAAAAGGGGAUCACGUGGCUAAGUGGGUAAGAAGCCGAGAAAGUUCAUCCAGAUUUUCCGGCGUGGUUCCCCCUUGUCAGCGAUGCAGGACGAUGGCCUGACAAGGACAGCUGUCUAGUCCUUCGGAUAAGACGAAAAUCCGAGGUCCCGUGUAUACAUUGGAAUGCACGUAAAAGAUACCUUGGCAGUUAGAAUUCGAUAUAAGAGUAGGUGAUAGUGCCGCUGCCCGGGCAAAAUUUCCCUCAUAGCACACUGUAUGGCGUAUGCCCGUCUUCAUUAGCUCAGCAUAGGAGCAGAAUAAAAGGACGUUAAACUCCAUUUCAUUUCAUUUCAUUUCAUUUUGAAUUAAAAAAAACUAACAAAGAGCUUCGGAUAAUCGUAUAGGACUAGAAUUAAGUUUCUCCAAGAGCCGUUCGAGAUACCAGUUUUAUUAAUAUAUCCAAGGCGAUCAAUUUAACUAUUAUAUAGAAGCUUUUAGUAAUAAUAUUGCUUAAUUUAUUCUCCUUUUUUAUUAAUCAUUAUAACAUUUACUUACUUUUAAAUGAUUUUACUGUUCAUGUCUUUUAUAUCCUGACAUUUAAAGAUACAUUUCGUCGAAAGUAUUUACAGUAUAUGGUGGUUAUUUCAAAUAAAUGUAUGGCAAAUUUGGUACAUAUGUAAAGUAGAGAAACCCAAUCUUACCAGAAAAAUACUGGUUUCCCUGAAAGACAUCCACGAGGCGCGUAUAGGACAAACAUGUAAUGGGAUCCCUAACGGACAGUCCGCGUCUUGCUGUCUGAUUAUUGAAAGAUGAAAGGGGUCAUAGUUUUGUUGGGCGAAUAGAAGUUGUGAUAACAGUGAGAGACUUACACGUACUACAGACUUUGGGAUUAAACAGCGGAAAGAGAAGUAAGCAGAAGAUAAUCUUAGAAUGUACCUAUAGGCUUCGACAUUUAUGGUAAAAGCACAUCCCGUAUCGACAAAUUGUACACACUGAAAACGGCCCCGCCUCUCAAUCACGUCACGUGACAAAUAAUGUUAAUUUUAUUUAAAAUGUUGAACUUUCUUGGAAUACUAUCUGUAUAUGUUAUACAUGUAUAAGUAUAUAUAUAUUUUUAAAUUGUAACUGCUGAUUAUUUUACAGAUUAUAUAAUAAAUUAAUUCUCGCCUU